CCAGCGGCCACCGCGCUUCCGGUCGGCAAGAUGGUGGCGCGGAGGAGGAAGCGUGCGGCAAGGGACCCUGAGGAGGGAUUCCCAAGCCCCCCGGGCUACUCAGCCAUUCCAGUCAAGUUCUCUGAAAAACAGCAGGCUUCUCAUUACCUCUAUGUGAGAGCACACAGUGUCCGAGAAGGCACCAAGUCCACCUGGCCUCAGAAGCGCACCCUUUUUGUCCUCAAUGUGCCCCCAUACUGCACAGAGGAAAGCCUGUCACGCCUGCUGUCCCCCUGCGGCCAUGUCCAGUCUGUGGAGUUACAGGAGAAGCCAGACCUUGCUGAGAGCCCAAAGGAGCCAAAGUCAAAGUUUUUUCACCCCAAGCCUGUUCCAGGGUUCCAGGUAGCCUAUGUGGUAUUCCAGAAGCCAGGUGGAGUGUCAGCUGCCUUGACCCUGAAGGGCCCUUUGCUGGUCUCUACAGAGAGUCAUCCUGUGAAGAGUGGCGUUCAUAAGUGGAUCAGUGACUAUGCAGACUCGGUGCCUGACCCCGAGGCCUUGAGGACUGAAGUGGACACGUUCAUGGAGGCAUAUGACCAGAAGAUAGCUGAGGAGGAGGCUAAAGCCAAGGAGGAGGAAGGAGUCCCUGACGAGGAGGGCUGGGUGAAGGUGACCCGCCGGGGCCGGCGACCUGUGCUGCCCCGGACGGAGGCAGCCAGCCUGCGGGUGCUGGAGAGGGAGAGACGGAAGCGUGCCCGCAAGGAACUGCUCAACUUCUAUGCCUGGCAGCACCGAGAGUCCAAGAUGGAGUAUCUAGCACAGCUGCGCAAGAAGUUUGAGGAGGACAAGCAGAGGAUUGAACUAAUGCGCGCUCAACGCAAGUUCCGACCCUACUGAGCCGCACUGGCCGCUGGCCCCCCACGGAGAGUGUCGUGGCCCGGCAGAGCUGUGGGGCCAGUGAGGGCAUGGGCCCCGGCAGGGCCGGCGCACACCCGGGGAGGCUGUGCUCUGGGAACGGGCGCCAGCCCUGUCUCAGAGUCUGCAUGGGCUGGGAGUGAAGGACAGUGUCACCCCUCUCAGUCCUUGUGCUUUGGCACUCUGGGUCUAGCGCUGGCCAGGCCUGCCCAGCAGGAGGACUUGGCCCUCGGAAACCGGCUCCUUCUGUGUCCUGCCUCCAGACGCUCUGAUCUGCUCUGUGCACCCCUUCCCCUCAAUGGAACAGCCCCCGCUGGCAGUGAAACCGCCUCAAAGCAUGGAGAAUACAAGUUUUAUUUUCCAUCCAGUUGGGCAGCAGGGAAAGGCCCAGGUGGGCACUGCCAGCUCACUGGGGAUUCGUAAGCACAAAAGAAAUGACCCCGACUCCAGACGCUGUCUGCCUCUUAAAGUCACAGAUGUUAAAGUUG